AGAUGAAUUAGGAUCAACUAUAAUUCGAUUUCUAAUUGAAAGCCUUAUUCAUGUUUAAUCCUAUGGCAGUUCCUACAGUUCCAAAACCCUCUGAAUAAGUAAUCUAAAUAAAAAUAUAAAAAGGAUCAAUAAGAUGCAAAGUUAAUAUACUAUUUUCCAUCUAAUGCAAAUAUCGAUGAAAAAAGGAUAUAAACAGGUAUGGCAGAAGGGAUUUUUAUCUUUUUUAAGUAGUUUAAUCCUAAUGAAUAAAUGAUGCAAAAGUAAUGGGAAUCUAAUGAUAAAGAAGAUGAAUUAAAAUUUUAGACAAUUCACCUAGAAUCUCAAACUCAUAUUAUUUGUUAAAUUAGAAAUGAUCUUUUUCUUUUUAUGACACUAGCUCAUGUAAAAAUACCAAAAGUUAAAGUUAUCCCUGAAGAUUACUUUUUUAGCGAAUGCAAUAAAUUUCAUUAUAGUUUAUCAAAAAACUUAUAUACUAAUGUAGCUGAAAAUUAUAUCAAUAAUUUUUCUUUAUUUUAUGGGUCAGAUUUGUCAUAAUUAGAUUAAUUUACAUGGAGAUGGAUUCAAUGUAAUGCAAGAACUAGCGCUUAUCUAAAUUUAUUUUAUUUUUAAACAUUAUCUUUUAAAUAUGCUUGUGACUCAAGCAAUUUGUUAUUGCUACAAUUUUUAUUAACUAUGAUAAGGUAAAUUGAAUCUUCAAUAACAGAUUUUAUGGUUUUUUAUAAUGGUUAUUUUGUAUAUUCAACUUUACCUCAUAAAAUUGCACUAUUAAUAAAGGAACAUUAUUAUGGUAAUGGAUUAUCUUGGUAAACUUAAGAAUAAAAAGUGGGUCAAAAAUAAUUUCUAACACAUGAAUAAUCUUAAUUGGCAUAUCUAAAUUUUAAUAAUCUUAAAUAUUUAACAAAAGAUACAAAUUUUAAUCCUCAAAUUAUUUACUUAAAUUAGUAAAAAAAAUAAUUUUUCACAUUUUUAGAAAAAUAAAUGUUUUUUGUUAUAAUAUCUGAUAUAAUUAAAGAUUUCACAAAUAUGGCCAAAGUUAAUAUUGCUUUGUCUAAAAAUGUGGACAAAAUAUCAAAUAAAUUAGAAACAUCUAUUGAAAUUAAUUAAAAAUAAGAUAGUAUAAAAUAUAUUUAUUUUAAUGGAAUCAAUCUAGCUUCUAAAAUUUCAACAUCAUUGAACAUUUAAAAAUUAUCUUCAGAAAAUUUGAGAAUUUUAUAAUAAGUCUAUGAAAAAUUAAACUUAUCCAAUCAAUAUGUAAUUAGAAAGUAUUUUAUUUAUUAAAAAUAGUGCUGACAUGUGGUUUUUUGGAAUUAAAGUAGGUGAUAAAAGAGUAAUAUAUUUGCAAUCUUCUACAAUACCUUUAAGUAAGAUUGAAGAAGAAAUAAUUAAAUUUGCAGAAUAACUCUUUCCUAAUUUGCUUUUGUGA